CACCUGCGGUCGGGGCCUCGGCGGAGGGCGUAAGGCGGGACCGGCCCGGCUCCUACAGCGGACCUACCUCGGUCUCCCGCCAGCGCGUGGAAAGCCUCAAGAAGAAGCGGCCCCUUUUUCCGUGGUUUGGCUUGGAUAUUGGUGGAACCCUGGUCAAGCUGGUUUAUUUCGAACCCAAAGACAUCACUGCUGAAGAAGAAGAGGAAGAAGUGGAAAGUCUUAAAAGCAUUCGGAAGUACCUGACCUCCAAUGUGGCUUAUGGGUCCACAGGUAUUCGGGAUGUGCACCUGGAGCUGAAGGACCUGACUCUGUGUGGACGCAAAGAUAGGUGAUCUUCAGCUUUGCAAACUUGAUGAACUAGAUUGCUUAAUAAAAGGAAUUUUAUAUAUUGACUCAGUUGGAUUCAAUGGACGGUCACAAUGUUAUUACUUUGAAAACCCUGCUGAUUCUGAAAAAUGUCAGAAGUUACCGUUUGAUUUGAAAAAUCCAUACCCUCUGCUUCUGGUGAACAUUGGCUCUGGGGUUAGCAUCUUAGCAGUAUAUUCCAAAGAUAAUUACAAGCGGGUCACUGGUACCAGUCUUGGAGGAGGAACUUUUUUUGGUCUCUGCUGUCUGCUUACUGGCUGUACUACUUUUGAAGAAGCUCUUGAAAUGGCAUCUCGUGGAGAUAGCACCAAAGUGGAUAAACUAGUGCGAGACAUUUAUGGAGGAGACUAUGAGAGGUUUGGACUGCCAGGCUGGGCUGUGGCUUCGAGCUUUGGCAACAUGAUGAGCAAGGAGAAGCGAGAGGCUGUCAGUAAAGAGGACCUUGCCAGAGCGACCUUGAUCACUAUCACCAACAACAUUGGCUCGAUCGCAAGAAUGUGUGCCCUUAAUGAAAACAUUAACCAGGUGGUAUUUGUUGGAAAUUUCUUGAGAAUUAAUACGAUCGCCAUGCGGCUUUUGGCAUAUGCUUUGGAUUAUUGGUCCAAGGGACAAUUGAAAGCACUUUUUUCGGAACACGAGGGUUAUUUUGGAGCCGUUGGAGCACUCCUUGAACUGUUGAAGAUCCCCUGAUGUUACCUGGGGAGGGGGUUCCCAGAAACUUCCACAAUGGGAUCCGUGAACUUUUGUUUUUUUUAAGAGACUUAAUUUUAUGAUUGUGUGCUACCCGAAUCAAAGCAAGAAAGGACAAGUGUAUUUUUCUAAGACAUCAAGAUAAAUCCUUAAAAAUUCUAGUAACCAGUAAGGAAAAAAAAAAAUAUAUGAAAAGCGGACCAUGUUCAUGGCAGUGAGGAUUUGCUGUUUAAGUUGCUCUUCAGUGUAGCUUUGUAAAUGUGCGGUGCUUCACUCACAGCCACUUCAGGGCAGAGCUCUUCAGUGUUCAGCUGACUGGUUUUGUGUCUUGUUGAACUUGCUGAAUGUAAGAGAAGAUACUACGUGUUAUAACCUAAUCACAGUUUUGUCAACAUGGUCUUGGAGAUCAUCUCCAGUGCAUUAACUCUGGUGUGCAUUUA